UCCUCCUCCGCCGCCACCUCCCCGCCGGCAGCCGCCAUGUUGGAUGGUGCGUGUGGGUGUCAAACCCAGCCAGAGGCGGCGGCGGCCGGGCACCGGGACACCCCCUCCGCGUCUCCCGCGGCCCCUUCCCCGCUCCUCCCGCACCCUCCGCACACAGCGCCAGGUCAUGAUUUUCAUUUUCUCGUGUCAUUCUCUUGAAGAGAGGAAAUGAUUGUAGUGGAACGUGUUACAAAUAAGCCACUGAUACGGAGCCUUCGCAGUUCAGAAACGUUCAUAGAAGAGCAAAUAUAGCGCUCUCUUGUUUGUGUUCUGGAAUCUGUCUUGUUAAAAAGGGAAAUAAAAAUGACGACUUCGUCUAUCAGACGGCAGAUGAAGAACAUUGUGAACAAUUAUUCAGAGGCCGAAAUAAAAGUUCGGGAAGCGACCUCUAAUGACCCCUGGGGUCCCUCCAGUUCAUUAAUGACUGAAAUAGCAGAUCUGACUUACAAUGUUGUGGCCUUUUCUGAAAUUAUGAGCAUGAUCUGGAAACGACUGAAUGACCAUGGCAAGAACUGGCGACAUGUAUACAAGGCCCUUACUCUGUUAGAUUACCUGAUUAAAACUGGUUCUGAGAGAGUGGCGCAGCAGUGUAAAGAGAAUAUUUUUGCUAUCCAGACAUUGAAAGAUUUUCAGUAUAUUGAUCGAGAUGGUAAAGACCAGGGCAUCAAUGUGAGGGAGAAAUCCAAGCAGCUAGUGUCUCUUCUGAAGGAUGACGAGCGGCUCAAGACAGAGAGGGCCCAAGCCCUGAAGACCAAAGAACGCAUGGCUCAGGUGGCCACUGGAGUGGGCAGCAAUCAGAUCACCUUUGGCCGAGGCUCCAGUCAGCCAAACCUAUCCACCAGCUACUCGGAGCAAGAAUAUGGAAAGUCUGGAGGAUCCCCAGCAUCUUACCAUGGCUCUACAUCUCCUCGAGUUUCCUCGGAGCUCGAGCAGGCCCGGCCUCAGACAAGCGGAGAAGAGGAGCUCCAACUGCAGCUUGCGCUGGCAAUGAGCCGGGAAGUGGCGGAGCAGGAGGAGCGCCUCAGACGCGGAGAUGAUCUGAGAUUACAGAUGGCUCUGGAGGAGAGUCGCAGAGACACAAUUAAAAUUCCCAAAAAGAAGGAGCAUACCACUUUGUUGGACCUAAUGGAUGCCCUGCCCUCGUCGGCACCGGCCCCACAGAAAACGGAGCCUUGGGGACCUCCUGCUGCUGCAAACCAAACUGAUCCCUGGGGAGGAUCCACAGUUGCAGCUACUGCCUCUGACCCAUGGCAAUCAUUUGGUGCCAAACCAGCUGCUUCCGUUGACCCUUGGGCAGCGCCAGCAGGAUCCACAGCUCAGUCUCUGUCCAAAAAUGUUGACCCUUGGGCUCCUGCUCAGCCGUCUUCUACUGCAGCAAAACCUUCUGUGGAUCCUUGGGGACCAGCACCUGCAAACAAACCUCUCCCUACUUCUGGAAGUACAUCUUUUGACCUCUUCAGUAAUUUGAAUGGUACAGUUAAAGAUGAUUUUUCUGAAUUUGACACACUUCGAACUUCCAAAAAGCCAGCUGAAUCAGGUUCCACUUUGCCAUCUCAGCAUAGCGGUACCACAAGUCCUGAUCUCUUUGAUUCCCAGCACUCAAGCAUGACAUCAAGCAAACAAAGUGCAGCUCGGAAAACCCCUGAGUCUUUUUUGGGCCCCAAUGCUGCUUUGGUGAACCUGGAUUCACUGGUGUCUAAGCCGCCCCAACCUGUUACUUCACUGAAUCCAUUCUUGGCGCCAGGCGCUGCCACAGCACCAACUCCAAUCAACCCCUUCCAGGUGAAUCAGCCUCAGCCACUCACUCUAAAUCAGAUGAGAGCGAGUCCUGUGAUGGGAACCAGCCCUUCUUUCAGUGCUGUGCCACCGAUAAGCAUGGAGCCAAUACCUCUGUCUUCCAUGGCCCCAGUGCCUGUGGGAAUGGCACCGAUACCAGCUAUGGGCACUGUGGCAUCUAUAACAAGAAUGGGCCAGGGGCUGAACGUGAGCAUUGCAGGAUCAAUGACCCAACCUCUUCACAGUACGGGAAUCCCGCCGUCAGCAUCCCAGUCUACAAAUACAACUAACCCUUUCCUCCUAUAAAGACCCAAUUAAAGGAACUUUCUUUUCAUAGUGUUUCCAGGCUGAAGUCUUUACAGCGAAAUGAACGUGGCCUGUGUGGACUGAACGGUGUGUAAGAGACUCGGAAGUAGAUUUGCAGUUUACAGUUAUGAUCUUUGAAGAGUUGUCUCUACUUACCAGUUAAUCUAAAUCUAGUCUUUGCUACAGAUGGUACCUUACUUUGGCUUGUUGAGCAUUAUGUGAAAUGUUCAGACUUUUCACCAAAGUUAGAUUCUGCCCAUUUUGUUACUUUGUUAAUCAUUUCAAUACACUUUCUAGGGAGAACCUGCCAUUUUAAACUCCGUUGGCUAUUUUGUAGAUGUCAGAUGAUGUGCUGGAUCCUGAAAUUACUAUUUACUUGCAUCUGUCACUUCCUAUGCCCAUAUGAUAGACCUGAGAUUCAGAGUGCUAGUGAAUGUUUUGCACAUAACUAUACGCAGUUCUAGACUGUUGGUUCACCCAUAGUCCUUACUCUUAGAAGAGAACGAUUCGGAGGGCCCAGGUGGCUGGUUUUUAUGCAUUAAACAUUGCAACGCAAAAAUCGCACUGCUUUCGUAUCAGAGGUUUGACCGAGAAAGCAAGCUUGUCUCAAAAGAAGGAAAAAAACCCACAAAAAAACAGACAAAAGACCCCCAAGAACAUUCUCAAGUUGUCGAGUAUAACGUGUGCUGUUGUAUGCAGUGUUGAAUUUGUACACUACUCUCUAAGGACUCCUGAGGAACUCUCUGUGAGUGGCAUGCUGCACUCGUGCUGAGUGAGUGUCCUGCUCUGUGCUUGUCCAGUACCAGCUUCGUUUGGAAGUUAUCAUGUGUAUUUUGUUUUUAUUUGACUUACAAUGUGAGUUGAAAGAAAAAAAGAAAUACAGUGGGACAACUUUGAAUUCAAUUUCACCGGGGCAAGCUUUAAAACUAAUUCAGGCUUAACCUUGCUAUAUGCAGUUACUCUUGUAUACUUUUGCACAUAUUUUGUUUAGUACAGUUUCAUAUUUGAGUUUGCAGAGUUACCUAAUAGUCCUUUUUUUGCUAAUUUUUAUAAUGUGGUUCUUAUUUAACUGUCUGGUUUUGAUAGAUUUAUCAAGUCUGGCUGAAAAAUUAAGAUAUUGGCAAAUGUCAUUUUUAUGGUUUUAAUGCCCUCUUAUUUAUGGUUUUAGCUCUUUGUUUCUGUAAAGAGAGUUUAAAAGGGAAGAUUAACACUAAAAUAUUUACUUUUAAAUGAAGUAUUCAUAAUGCAAAUCAGAACAAAUUCUCAUGACUAAUUAUUUUUAGAUGAAUUUGAGCAUAACCUGAUUUAAGACUACAUUAAAAAGAAAAAACACUAAA